GUAUCGUGGUGUCUACCAAUGUCCUGGCCGGUGAUGAUGUGAUCGUGACACCGCAAGAGACACCACAGGAUGGCCAACAUGCUGAGCGCCAGCAGCCUGAUGCACCUGAUCAGGUGCCUUCAACCUUGCUGGACGUUGAGAUGGAACCUGAUCAGGUGCCUUCAACCUUGCUGGACGUUGAGAUGGAACAUGAUUCACAGUGGAUAGAGACUUUGGCUGUGACAGCACCUGAGCCGCCUUUCCAUCUUCCAGACUCAGCGGCCCAUGAGUCACAAUGGGAAGAUACUCAGGUUGUGGGUGCGCCAAAGCCUGUAGUCCAAGCACAGCAUGAAGAGACUCAGGCCGUGGUCACAGAAGAAUCUGUGAAUCCUGAACAGCCAGUGGUCGAGUCUCAGCGGGACCAUUCUCAGAUGAUUGCCUCUACUCCUUCCGACUAUGUAGACACAAUGGUCGAGCACAAAGAAGAUCAGGCACUAGAGCAGCACCAAGCCGGUGAACAGCUUGAUGCACACACUCAUCCAAAGUCUGAUGCAGGUGCUUGGGUCAUUGUUGAUGACAGUGAGUCAGAGGAGGGGACAACUUUACCCAAUGAUCCAGCCCUCCAGAAAGCACGGAACAAGCCGACUGACCGCAACAUCGUUUUAGUUGGUGGGGAAGCUAUCUUUAGAGCUGUCGCUGAACACAGGUCACCAUUGAGGCCUCGAACUUUGACGUAUGAUGCUUCGAAGGAUCCUAAGGCAGAUGCCAACACAACCGGAGAGGAGCAGGCUAUGAUGCCAGCCACGGAACCUGUUGGUGGUCAUCUCCCGAUGGACCCUGCCCUUUAUGAAGAGCUUGCACGCGCAGAGCCUCCAGUCUAUGGGAAUCAACUCAAGAAGAGAGGUCGAAAGCCAAAGGCAAAGGUUUUGACCGACUCGGCCGUGGAGGGUGAGUCCAUGGAGAACACUCAUGCCAAGAAGGUCAAGAAAAACAAGAACGGCAAGAAGGGCAAGGGCAAGGGGAAACGAGCUGGUGGAAAGAAGGGAAAAGGUGGAAAAGGUCGUGCCAAGAAAGGCAAGAAGGGCAAGGGACAGUCUGCAAUGGGUGGCGAAGCAGGAAUGUCAGCACCAUGUGAGAUGGCAGCUGAGAUGAAGUCGCUUCAUGAUCUGGAGGAGCUUCCCAUGGAAAGGUCAGCUGGAGAGGAAGCUGGAGCGAAGACACGGAAGCGCAGAACAAAGGCCAAGAGAUCUUCAACCCGAGCGGCAAAGGGAAAUGAGAUGGUUGUGGAGGAGAAUUUGGAAGAAUCCAACCAAACAAGAAAUCCGCCGAAGAAGAGGGCUCGCAAAGGCAAGGCUGCUGUUGCAAAAGCCCCUGUGGAUGCUCCCGUGCAACCAUUGGUGGAACCGGAA